AUGUUGAGCGACCGAUUCCGGGAACGUCGCAAGCGGGGCUCCACCUACAUGUAUGGCCCAUCAACGCCAUUGGAGCUUAUGAAUUUUGUUGGUCAUAGUUUGGAUCAGUAUGGUGUUUGGGGUGCCAGCUGGUACUCUUUCAAUCAGCAGGUGAUUGGCUCGAUGGAUCAGGAUGAAUUAAUCUGUGAACAGUUGCGGUAG